AUUCUGUUUGACUUAUGUGUCAUCAAUAUUGUAAAUCACAUUCUGUCAACAGACCGCAUCGUUUAACUAGCAUUUUAACGUGAUACGCCAGUAGAAGAUAUUGUGUUUCGUCACACGUGUAAUAUUCACCAAAUUAAAUUUUCAAAGCAAUGGCAGAUACUGAAAACGUUACCGAAGUGGUGGUGGCUGAAGUAAAAGUUGAUGAUGUAAAGGAAAAGGAAGUCGCUCUGGACGCUGAACCAACCAUUGUGCCAACACCGAAAGUGACUAAAAAUCUUCAGGCGCAAAUCGUGCGACAGGUGGAAUACUACUUUGGCGACGCGAAUCUGGCGCGUGACAAAUUCCUAUCCGAAGAAAUCACAAAAGACAACGGCUGGGUCACACUGGAAUUGUUGUUGACAUUCAAGCGAAUGCAGGUUCUAACAACCGAUCCAGAGGUAGUUUGUGCUGCAUUGGACACAUCCGACGAAGGUUUGAUCGAGAUCAGCGAGGAUCGUAAGAAGAUUCGUCGGCAUCCGGAGCGGCCACUACCCGAACAGAAUGAAGAGACGCGGAAAGAAUGUAUAUCGCGAACGGCGUACGUUAAAGGAUUUCCAUUGGAUAUUGAGAUGUCCGGUUUGAUUGAAUUCUUUGAAGCGCACGAGAAGGUUGUGAACAUCGUGAUGCGAAAGUAUUUGGACAAACCGACCAAGGAGUACCGGUUCAAAGGAAGCGUAUUCGUUACAUUCCUUAAGCGAGAGCAAUGCGAAGAGUUUCUGAAAGUGGAGGAUCUUAAGCAUAAUGACACAGUGCUGACACGACUGUGGCAGGAAGACUACUACAUAUCGAAGAAGGGUGAACGAGAAGCAGAAAAACAGAAAAAGGACGAGAAACUCACACCGAAAAUUAAUUUACCGAAAGGCGCAGUGAUUUUCUUCGAAGGCUGCUCGGAAGCGAUGACACGUGAAUUGAUUAAGGAAGCCGUAGCGAAGUUCGCAGACGCCGAGAUCGCAUACAUCGACUAUUCCAAAGGCGACAAAAGCGGAUACAUUCGACUCACCGAAGAGAAUGCCGCCAAAACAUUGAUCGACAAACUGGACGGUAAUAAGUUGAAACUGGACGAUACGGAUGAGGCUACCGUUCGUUUGAUCGAAGGCGAUGAAGAAACGGAGUACCUGGCUAAGCAGGUAGAGCAAAUGAUAUCACGGCGUGGUAAUAAUUUCAACAAAGGUAAACAAGGCGGUCGAGGUCGUUUCCAUAAUCGGAAGCGAUCGGCACACAAUGACAACAAUGACACACCAAACAAACGGAGCAAAUGAAAAGUUUUCGCUGUUACUGUCACUGUUAAUCUUAAAUAAUUGUAAUAAAACCUUUGAGAUAAUAAUACAAUCGAA